AUGAUUCCUACGACUUUGAGCUCUCUGCCAUCCCUCCACCUUGUGGUCAGACUGGUCUGCCACCUGGUGGUGUUCUGUCCGUACUGCAUCUCCACUUUCAUCAUGGUGUCUUUAUAUCGACGCAGGGCCACAGCUCCGACCUCAGACCACCUCCCCUUGCUAUCAGGAGUCGUCAUCCACCUGGUGGUCUUCUGUCUGUACUGCAUCUCCACUUUCAUCAUGGAUAAGAUGAAGGACAGGAGUUCUCGGUUUGAUACUCUGCGUCAUCUGGCCGGAAUGAUCCGCUCUCCUAAAGCCAUGCUGGGCUCCUCCACCUCGCAGUUCUUUGAUGUGAUCCCGACCUCGGAGCGCCCCCUAGCGGACCAGGACUGGUACCACGGAGCCAUCCCCCGCACCGAGGCCCAGGAGUUGCUACGGCAACAGGGAGAGUUCCUGGUCCGGGAGAGUCACGGAAAACCAGGAGAAUAUGUCCUCUCAGUGUUCUCAGACGAUCAGAGGAGACACUUCAUCAUCCAGUACGCUGAUGAUAAGAAAUGGAUCCUGAACCACGAGGACGUGGUGCUGGGGGAGCUGCUGGGAAAGGGUAACUUUGGCGAGGUGUUCAAAGGGACGCUGCAGCGCGACAAAAUGGCGGUCGCCGUCAAAACGUGUAAAGAAGAUUUACCUCCGGAGCUGAAGAUCAGGUUCCUGUCUGAGGCCAGGAUCCUGAAGCAGUACGACCAUCCGAACAUCGUGAAGCUGAUUGGAGUUUGUACGCAGCGACAGCCGAUCUACAUCGUCAUGGAGCUGGUUCCUGGGGGGGACUUCCUGUCCUUCCUCAGGAAGAAGAAGGACGAGCUGAAGACGAAGCAGCUGGUCCGGUUCUCUGUGGACGCGGCGGCCGGCAUGGCGUACCUGGAGAGCAAGAACUGCAUCCACAGGGACCUAGCAGCCAGGAACUGUCUGGUGGGAGAGGGCAGCGUGCUGAAGAUCAGUGAUUUUGGGAUGAGUCGUCAGGAGGACGACGGCAUUUAUUCUUCGUCUGGACUCAAGCAGAUCCCCAUCAAAUGGACCGCUCCAGAGGCCCUCAACUAUGGGCGCUACAGCUCUGACAGUGAUGUGUGGAGUUACGGCAUCCUGCUGUGGGAGACCUUCAGUCUGGGGGUGUGUCCUUACCCGGGGAUGACCAAUCAGCAGGCCCGGGAGCAGGUGGAGAAAGGUUACAGGAUGGCGUGUCCCCAGCGUUGCCCUGACGACGUGUACAAAGUGAUGCAGCGCUGCUGGCAGUAUAACCCUGAGGAGCGGCCCAAGUUCUCAGAGCUGCAGCGAGACCUCGCCGCCAUCAAGAAGAAGUGAUGCAUCAUGGGGGCGUGGUCGAUGACAAACACUAAAACACACCGUUAGCAUUAGCACGUAGCUGCUACUGCUGCUGCAAACACUAAAACACACCGUUAGCAUUAGCACGUAGCUGCUACUGCUGCUGCAAACACUAAAACACACCGUUAGCAUUAGCACGUAGCUGCUACUGCUGCUGCAAACACUAAAACACACCGUUAGCAUUAGCACGUAGCUGCUACUGCUGCUGCAAACACUAAAACAGAGGGUUAGCAUGUAGCUGCUACUGCAGCUGCAAACACUAAAACACACCGUUAGCAUUAGCACGUAGCUACUACUAGUGCUGCAAACACUAAAACAGAGGGUUAGCAUGUAGCUGCUACUGCUGCUGCAAACACUAAAACACACCGUUAGCAUUAGCAUGUAGCUGCUGCUGUAAACACUACUGACAGGCGGGCAGACAGAAGCAGAAUUUCUCCGUUUUUUGUCUCAGGUUUUAAACCAAUGAAAGUAAAUCUCUAAAUUCUGCAGGUUUUCGUUCUGGAUCAGCGCCGAAAAACUACAAAAAUAAUCUGUCGGUUGGGUUUGAGUCUGAAAACACUAAGACACACCGUUAGCAUUAGCAUGUAGCUGCUGCUGCUGUAAACACUCAGACACACCGUUAGCAUUAGCAUGUAGCUGCUGCUGCUGUAAACACUAAGACACACCGUUAGCAUUAGCACGUAGCUGUAAACGCUACUGACCUCUUCUUCUACCACACUAAACACUACGGUCACAAGUUUCUCCCCAGAUUUUAAAACACAUUCAUGUGAAUAAAGUAGAGCUGCUCCUCUUAGUGGAUCAGGGGACUAAUCGCUGGUUUUGGUCUUAGUCAGCUUAGAUCUCUGUAGUCCAUUAGUCAUGUCUGAUGCUGUUUUCAUGCUGAAUGAUUUAUUACCAAGAAACGUACGAGCUCAUCUCUGGUAAACACAAGAAUUAAAGUGGUGCUUUAACACGACUCUUAGUGGAGAAACUCAGAUUUACAGAUCUGUCGAUUAAAUCCACUAAUCGAUUAAAUCCACUAAUCGAUUAAAUCCACUAAUCGAUUAAAUCCACUAAUCGAUUAAAUCCACUAAUCGAUUAAAUCAACUAAUCGAUUAAAUCCACUAAUCGAUUAAAUCGACUAAUCGAUUAAAUCGACUAAUCGAUUAAAUCCACUAAUCGAUUAAAUCCACUAAUCGAUUAAAUCCACUAAUCGAUUAAAUCAACUAAUCGAUUAAAUCCACUAAUCGAUUAAAUCAACUAAUCGAUUAAAUCCACUAAUCGAUUAAAUCCACUAAUCGAUUAAAUCCACUAAUCGAUUAAAUCCACUAAUCGAUUAGUCGGUCCAGCUGACUAAGUGUUAGUCGACUAAGAACUUCUUCAGGCGAGCUCAGCUCUAGGAUAAAGCCGUGUGGUUAACGGCGCCGAUAAUCAGCCGUCUGGCGAGGUCGGUGACUCGAGUCUGUUCGGGGUGUCCCGUGCCGUCAGCCUUCAUUUGGGCAAAUCGAUUAUACCGAACUAUUUUAGUACAAUAUGAGAUCGGAUUCUCCGUCCCGAAGUCUCUUCCUGUCUCUCGUCUCCAUGACAACCAACUACUGUAACCAUGGCAACAGCUUAAACACUAGAAAGGUUUUCCUGCUGCGGAGGACCAAUCAGCCGUCAACACUAAUUGUUUUAAUGUUUCUCAAAACUGACCUUUAUUCUGAAAAACCUGCCUGUCAAACAGAUUUUUAUUUUGAAAAGCCGCCUGUCAAACUGACCUUUAUUCUGAAAAACCUGCCUGUCAAACUGACCUUUAUUUUGAAAAGCUGCCUGUCAAACUGACCUUUAUUUUGAAAAGCCGCCUGUCAAACUGACCUUUAUUUUGAAAAGCCGCCUGUCAAACUGACCUUUAUUUUGAAAACCCGCCUGUCAAACUGACCUUUACUUUGAAAAGCCGCCUGUCAUCAACAGACCACGCCCCCUCCGACCUUUUCUUUGUUUUUGACCAAUCGGGGAUUUCGGCAAAAAAAUAAAAAGAAUUCGUAUUUAAAGAAUUUAAUCAUUUUAUCAUUUAUUUUGUUGUUUUUAUUAUUUUAAAACCAAAGUUAAAAAAUCGUCGGCACUUCCUCAGUUUGUUUCCUGGUUGUCAUGGUAACUGACCUUUUAAAAAUAUAAAAAAAAAAAAAAGGAUUAAAAAGUUUAAUAUAAAUAUGUAUAAACUACAGUUAUCUGUGGGAGUGAAGGGUGAGUCCUGAUUGGUCAGCAUCACUUCCGGCCUGUGUGUGGGCGGAGCCUAGAGGUGACCUACUUCCUGUCUGUGUGUGGGCGGGGCCUAAGUGUCUCCUACUGUUUCCUGUAAAUAAACUUUGUUUUACACUAACGGUCUUUUAUAUUGUUUAUAAAUAUCAUCGUAGCAUUUAUUACGAAAUAAACAAACAUACAAACACCAGCGA